AUGGAUGAUUCAGAUGAAGAGUAUUUAUCGGGUAUAACACCUUCUUCAAGGUUCUCUUCAAUUGUUCCUGAAUCUCCAAGGUCCAAAGAAGGUGUUUCUACAAGAACAAGAGCAAGGAAAAGUGGUACAACAGAUGAUAAUUUAAAAGGUAAUAAUGGUGGUUAUUCAUGGGAAGAUGAAUAUCAAAGAUCUUGGGAUAUAGUUAAAGAUGAUGAUCAACAAGGGUCAUUUGAAUCAAUGGUACAACAAAUUAUAGAAAAUAGAAAGAAGAAAAUUAUGAAAAAUCCAGCAACUCCAUUUCAAAGAGGUAUUAUACGAACUUUAGUUAUAGUAAUUGAUGGAUCAAAUUCAAUGGCUGAAAAAGAUUUAAGACCAACUAGGUUAACUCUAAGUUUAAAUUAUUGUAUUGAUUUUAUAAUUGAAUUUUUUGAUCAAAAUCCAAUAUCUCAAUUAGGUAUAGUUUUAAUGAGAAAUGGUGUUGCACAUUUAGUUUCUGAAGUUUCUGGGCUGCCACAAUAUCAUAUUGAUAAAUUAAGACAAUUAAAAAUUAGACAACAUAAUAAAUUUGAACCAAGUGGUGAUGCAUCAUUACAAAAUGCUUUAGAAAUGGCUAGAGCUUUAUUAAAAUUUAAUUUUGGUACUACUUCAAAUAAUACUAAAAAUUCAAAAGAAGUGCUAAUGAUUUAUGGUUCUUUAUUUACUUCUGAUCCUGGUGAUAUUCAUAAAACAAUACAAAGUUUAGUAAAAGAUGAAAUUAAAGUUUCAAUAAUUGGUUUAUCUGCUCAAGUUGCCAUAUGUCAAGAAAUUGUAAAUAGAACAAAUCAUGAACCAAAAUUAUCACGAUCUAAACAUUAUGGAGUUAUAUUAAAUGAAUCACAUUUUAAAGAAUUAUUAAUGGAUUUUGUAACACCGUUAGCAUUAACAGAAAAGGAAAAACAAGAAGAAGCAAGUUUAAAUAAUGGAGUACCAAUUAUAAAAAUGGGUUUCCCUUCAAAAGUUCAACCUAUAGUGACUUCAACAAUUGGUAAUACCGAUUUUACAGUUGAGUUCCCACAAUUAAAUGCAUCUUUUCCAACUCAAGGUUCAGAUGAAUCAAAAGAUGUAGUUGAAGUAAAUACAAAUACUACAUUAUUAUCAUCAACAACUAUAGGUUAUCAAUGUCCACAAUGUAAAAGUAGAGUUACAAAUCUACCGACAAUAUGUCCUGUUUGUGGAUUAAUGUUAAUUUUAUCAACUCAUUUAGCUAGAUCAUAUCAUCAUCUAAUACCAUUAGCUCCUUAUAAAGAAGUUCCCAUUGCUGAAUCUUAUGAUUCUGAAUAUUGUUACGGUUGUCAAUUGAAAUUUCCCAGAGGUGUAAAACCAGGUACACAUCCAGGUGUUUUAGAAAGCAUGACGAGUUCAAGAUAUAGAUGUUUUAAAUGUACAAAUGAUUUUUGUAUAAAUUGUGAUGUUUUCGUACAUGAAACUUUACAUAAUUGUCCAGGAUGUGAAAAUAAUUAA